CCCUAUAUUAAAAGAUAUUUAACUUUCCUUGCUCGCUAUGAGUGUUUAAAAAUGACAAUUUAAAAAUGGUUAGUUGCAACAACUUCCUGUGGGACACUCUGCAUUUAUGUUAUUAUUUAAUAUUUAGAAUGCUUCAUUAGAUACAUGGGGACGCUGCCUAUCCAGGACAAGGAGUUAAUCAAGAAUGCUUAACAUUAAGUAAAGCACCACAUUUUGAAAUCGGCGGUACAAUUCAUUUGGUAAUUAAUAAUCAGUUAGGUUUUACGACUCCAGCUUCAAGAAGUCGAUCAUCGAGAUAUUGCACGGAUUUAGCAAAAAGUAUAUCUGCACCUGUAAUACACGUGAAUGGCGAUAAUCCUGAGAUGGUUGUACGGGCUGUAAGAAUAGCCUUUAAAUAUCAAAGACAAUUCAGGAGGGAUGUUUUCAUUGAUCUAAAUUGUUUUAGAAGAUGGGGUCACAAUGAAUUGGACGAUCCUGUGAUCACAAACCCUCUUAUAUAUAAAAUUAUACAGAAUCGACCAUCUAUACCAGAUCGUUAUGUGGAGAAGCUAAUAAGCGCCAAUGUUCUUUCUCAAGAAAUUGUUAAAAAUAUUAUCGAAAGCCAUACCGCAUUAUUGAAUAAGGCUUUAAAGGAAUCUACGGUAGACGUGUCACGACACCUAGCCACAUCAUAUCUCACUGGAAGAUGGACGGGAAUGAAACAAGCUGAAGCCAAUAUAACACGAUGGGAUACUGGAGUUGACUUGCGUUUGUUACAAUUCCUGGGGAAAAAAAGUGUUCAAGUAUCACCAAAUUUAGAUAUUCACCCACAAUUAUUGAAAAAUCAUGUUCAAAAUCGUCUAAAAAAGUUUGAAAAUGGGAAAGCUUUGGAUUGGUCGACCGCUGAGGCAUUAGCCAUCGGUUCUCUAUUAUAUCAAGGAUAUAAUGUAAGACUAAGCGGACAAGAUGUGGGUCGAGGAACUUUUUCACAAAGGCACGCGAUGUUUGUUGAUCAAUCUACAGAAGCUGUUUUUAUCCCGUUGAACUCUAUGGUUAAUGAUCAAACUGGCAAAUUAGAAAUAGCUAAUAGCAUCUUGUCCGAGGAAGCUGUACUAGGUUUCGAGUAUGGUAUAAGUAUAUCAUCACCAUUUAUAUUGCCUAUUUGGGAAGCUCAAUUUGGGGAUUUCUUUAAUGGAGCACAGAUCAUUAUCGAUACAUAUAUAACGAACGGAGAAGCAAAAUGGAUGUUGAGCAGUGGCUUAACAAUGCUAUUACCACAUGGAUAUGAUGGUGCUGGUCCAGAACAUAGCUCAUGUAGGCUCGAAAGAUUUUUACAAUUAACUGAUAGUAAAGACGAUGAAAUCGACAGCGAUGAUAUUAAUAUACAGAUUGCAAAUCCCUCUGAACCAGCACAAUAUUUCCAUUUAUUGAGAAGGCAGAUGAUAAGAAAUUAUCGGAAACCUUUGGUCGUGGUAGCACCUAAGAUUUUGUUGCGUCAUCCAGCAGCGGUAUCAUCGUUCUCCGAUUUUAUGCCUAGGACGAGUUUUAAAACUAUUAUCGGAGACAAUAAUAUAGAAAAGAAUUGCAAUGUGAAUAAAAUUAUUCUAGUUAGUGGAAAACAUUAUUAUGCACUUAAUAAUUAUCGAGAAACUACUGGAAACAAAAAUGUAGCUAUCAUCAGGAUAGAAAGUCUAUGUCCAUUUCCUGUCUACGAAUUAUUGGAAGAAAUUGAAAAAUACAAACAUGCGAGAAUUUUUAUUUGGAGCCAAGAAGAACCGCGAAACAUGGGCGCAUGGAAUUUUGUUAAACCACGUUUUGAAACUUUGUGUGGACGACAAUUAAAAUACUGUGGUCGAAAACCCAUGGCAGCGCCAGCUGUAGGAGAUGGACAAAUACAUCAACAAGAAGCAAAUGAAGUUAUUGUUAAACCAUUUACAAUAAAAUAAUGAUAAAAUAUAUAUAAUCUUACAACCUCUGUAUACUGCCCAAAUUUUCCUUCCAUUCUCCUAACGAGGUGAAUGUAGGAGUGGAGAUACCCAUACGGUGAAUGUCCCCACUUUUACAUUCCCCUCGCUAGGGGAACGGAACGAAUCAUUGUCAGGCAGUGUACAAUACUUUAAUAACACAUUCUAUAGAUAAAAUAGAGCCACAAAUUCUAAUGCGAAAAUAUUGAGACCACAAUAGUUUUGAGUUAUAAGUGAUUAAAGUUUGCCAAUAAUAUUGCGUAGAAUUCGUACACUCAGGCCUGUAAUUAUACUUACAUAUUUACCGAUUUAUCAUCUAUUAUUAAUUUUCACAAAGUAAUAUUGAUUUUUAUUUUACAGCUGAUUUUACUUUAUCGUUUCUUAUGUAUAUGUAAAUACUAUAUACAUAUGUAUCUGUAAGCAUUACAGCGGUCAGCUAAUAUUAACAAGUUAUGACUCUCUGUUAUACGUAAAAUAUAUAACUUAUUAAAUAAU